UAAGACGUGGACUGACUCUCAUCAGAUUGGAACUGUUUCCCAAUCAGAAGCGUCACACGGCCGAGAUGAAUUCAAAAGGGAAGGCGCUCAUUUUCCUGCUGUGUGUGACUACUAUCUGUGUGUCAUGGAGAGGAUAUACAUCAUGCUCCCUGCCUCAGGACAAAAGCCCCUGUGCUUGUGAGCGAUGUUUAUCUGAAGAUGAUCCGUGGUUUAUGAAGCGUUUCAACAAAUCUGUUGAACCAUUUUUGUCAGCAAACUACAAUCUCUCAGAGGACGCUUUCAACUGGUGGAAGCGCUUACAGGGUGAAAAGGGCAACUUCAGUACCUUCAGACAAACAGUGGACAGGCUGUUUCUGACGGUCCCACCCAGUCCAGAUGUUCUAGAAUCCAGCCCUGACCGCUGCAGGACUUGUGCUGUGGUGGGGAAUUCUGGUAAUUUGAGGAGAUCACAUUAUGGACCGCUCAUAGAUUUCCAAGAUGUCAUCAUAAGAAUGAACGCUGGUCAUACCGAAGGCUAUGAAGCAGAUGUUGGGACCAGAACAACUCAUCGUGUCAUGUAUCCAGAGAGUUCUGUAGAUUUAGAUAACACCACUCAUCUUGUGCUGGCUCCAUUUAAGAUACUGGAUUUUGAGUGGCUCACAAAGGCCCUCACCACAGGAUUUCACGGACGAUCAUAUGCACCAGUAAAAUCAAAAAUCAAAUCUAAUAUGGAUUUGGUGAUGGUCCUAAAUCCAGCUUUUAUGAGGUAUGUUCAUGUCAUGUGGCUGGAAAAGAAGGGCAAGUACCCCUCCACUGGCUUUCUGGCUUUGAUUCUUGCCCUUCAUAUGUGUGACGAGGUCAGUGUGUUUGGUUAUGGAGCAGACAGUGAUGGAAACUGGAGUCAUUACUGGGAAGAACUCAUGGACAAAAAGCUAAAAACUGGAGCACAUCCUGGAGAUACAGAGUAUAGAAUGAUCCAGGAGCUAGAUGAGCAACAGAAACUCAGGUUUUAUACAGGGUUUUGAUGUUUCUCUCAGCAUUUAAAGGAAGGUUAGUAGUAGGUAACAGUAGAAGAACCUGAAGGGCUUCCUGAGCUGCAGUUUGUCCACUGUUCAGACAGAUACCAAUCUUUGUGUUUUUGCAUGUGUAUGUAAAUCUCCUGGGCUUAAAAGGCAGAUGCCACUUCUGAAGGUAUUAUUUGCAUGUGUUACUGACUGAUAGAAAACACUGUUUAUAUUUACUCUAUAAAGCCAACAUCCCAUUAAUUCAGGCAUUGCAUUAUUGUCACUUCAUAAUCCACCUGUUGGUUUCUAUUGGCAACAAGUGAAGCAGACUCGAGGGACACGUUACGGUGGAAGAGCUCAGUGAGAGACUGCUGGAGAGGAUUGUGUUUUCUGACUUGUCGUGACGUUUCCCCCAUCGAGUUUGUGUUAAUGUUAUGUCUGCGUUUUAAGUCUCAAACAAAUGAACUGUCAACUGAGCAGACUAAUCUCAAGAAAUGACGUGUGUAUGACACACAAAUUCGUAUACUGUUUUGGCAUGUUAUCAAGACGCAUAAUCGUUUAACGUGUUUAUCAAUGCCGU